UAGAGAGGUUCUGACACCGCUGGUCUCCUCCCGUAUCUUUUAUAAACCAACUCCCGCGAUAAUCUUCAUUCACCUAGAACCCUAGAACUCUUUCAUCCGAAAGCAUCCUAAUUCCAUAUUCAGUAUCAUUAGAUAAAAAUAGUUUAUCCUAGGAAAUCCGAAUUAAACCAUCGCAAUGGAUCGCUUCGAGCAACUUGUCCAAUCCAUCAAGGAGGAAUUGGGACCAUCUUCCGGGUUGACUUCUGACGAUGUGAACGUAGACCACUUAACACAUAUGAUGGAUCGAUAUAUCUCUAACGAAAAGGAGUGGUCCAAGUAUGCACUAGCAGACGCCAAUAUGGCAUAUACCAGAAAUCUCGUCGACGAGGGGAACGGCAACGCAAACUUGCUCGUGCUAGUUUGGACUCCAGGGAAGGGUAGUCCGAUCCAUGACCAUGGUAAGGCUCAUUGCCUGAUGAAGAUUCUCCGCGGUAACCUUACCGAGACUCGAUACGACUUUCCCGACGGCGACAACAAGAAACCGAUGCAGCUCAAAUCGGAAACGGUGCGCAAGGAGAAUGCCGUAGCCUAUAUGGCGGACGAACUUGGACUGCAUCGCAUGUCCAAUGAGGGUAGCGACUACGCCGUCUCCCUACACCUAUACACCCCGCCGAAUGUGGCCAAGAACGGCUGCAACAUCUUCGACGUUAAGACGGGAAAGAUGACGCAUAUUUCCAAGUGCGGCCACUAUUCAGAGCAUGGGAAACGAGUACAGGACUAGAACACUUGUAAGCUAUGAUGAUAUUACGAAGCAGGUGUAUGGAGUUUUUGGGGAGGCUCUGGGAUCAUGGUUUGGUUGUUUUCCCUGGCGAAGCAAGAUUGGGUUAUCGUCAACUUGACGGAGAUUUUGGCUGUUCGUAGAAUAAUGUCACAUAGAAUCCAGUUCUAUAUGAAUGUCGAUAAAGGGAUUUAAGUACCUAGGUACUUCAUGUUCCUUAGAGGGAGUAAUAUGUAGAAAGAGUUGAUGUAUGAUAAUAAAUCAAACUUGCGUUUCUAUGUAUCAGUUCGAAAUUCGAGAGAGUAGUUAAGAGUUAAGAGACUGGAU